AUGAGCAACUCAAUCAACGGUAUUAUUGGCAAUUUGGGCAGUAGUGGUGAUGGAAAUUUGACCAUUCAAAUGCCGGGAAAUAGCGGACAACAACAACAGCAACAACACCAACAACAGCAACAAUCUAAAAUGGAAAGUAGUCAAGGAGAUGGUAACACCCGAACAGCUUAUGAUAAUCAGAAAACAAAUACACCGAAUGGCAAUAAUCCGACGAAUGUACCAUCUGCAGCGGUUCCAAAUUACGACAUCAAAUAUAUCUUGUCUGGUCACACAAAGGCUGUGUCGUCUGUUAAAUUCAGUGCUGAUGGUUCAUUAUUAGCUAGCUCUAGUGCUGAUAAAACAAUCAAAGUUUGGAACACUCAAGAUGGUAAGAUCGAAAAAACGAUUACCGGACAUAAACUUGGAAUCUCGGAUAUUUGUUGGUCCUCAGACCAUCGAUUGAUAACUUCUUGUUCGGAUGAUAAAACACUGAAGAUAUGGGACGUUAUGAGUAGCAAGUGUUUGAAGACAUUGAAGGGUCAUACCAAUUAUGUUUUCUGCUGCAAUUUCAAUCCUCAAUCGUCUUUGGUCGUGUCAGGUUCCUUUGAUGAAAGUGUUCGAGUUUGGGAUGUGAAAACGGGCUCAUGCAUUAAAACCCUUCCUGCACAUUCUGAUCCAGUUUCUGCAGUUUCCUUCAAUAGAGAUGGAACACUGAUUUGCUCAAGUAGCUACGAUGGGCUUGUUCGAAUUUGGGAUACUGCAAAUGGACAAUGCGUUAAAACUCUUGUUGAUGAUGAUAAUCCUCCGGUUUCAUUUGUAAAGUUUUCUCCAAACGGCAAAUAUAUAUUGGCAGCUACCUUAGACAGCACACUGAAACUUUGGGAUUUCAAUAAAGGCAAGUGCUUGAAAACUUAUACUGGACAUAAGAAUGAGAAGUACUGUAUCUUUGCGAAUUUUUCUGUUACUGGUGGCAAGUGGAUAGUCAGUGGUUCGGAGGAUAAUCGUGUCUACAUAUGGAAUUUACAGUCUAAAGAGAUUGUACAAACACUUGAAGGUCAUGCAGGUAAGCACUAG